UGCAACGGAGGGUCUCAGAGAAGGUUGUGGGCCAGAGGGUGCUUGUCCAGAACUAACCUGUGCCUCUUUUCUUUCAGGAGACCACUCUGUAUGGAAAGCUGCAGCCCUUACCAGGGUGCGGAAGUUUGCCUUUUUCUUUUUGUACACAGUUUGCUUUUGUUAUCAUAUCUUUUAAUUUCCGUUUCUGUGGGUCUAUGCUUUCUUUCUGUCUCCGUUCUUACAUUUCUCCCGGCAGUUUCUACAUGAAGAACACAGCGCUGUCCUCUCUACCGCUAUAGCCAGAAGGGAAAAUCGGAAACAAAACAAAACAAAAACAAAAACAAACAAGAACCAAGCGGGUGGGGUGGUUCUUCCAGGCAAGCUGGAGGACUUGUCUGGCCAUUUAGUCUCCCCUCUUCGUCUCUACAGAAAGAGGCUCUGAGGUGGGAGUCCGGGGAUGGAGCGGGACUGCUUUGGGGAUGGCAGGAUACUGUGUGGGGGAGAAGACAAAGCUAGGUGGGAUGGAGGACAACUCACUGAGAGAUUGGGAGGAGGAGGAGGAGGAGGAGGAGGAGGAGGGCUGGUGCGGCCGAACUGGCUCCGCUGGUCGAAGUUUCGCGGUUCCUCCCAGACAUGGGGUGUUGUUGGCGCGUCAGUGGACACUGCGCUGUGGCCCAAGAAGCCAGACGAAGAAAGGCUGCCAUGGUGCCUUAUUGUCGGUUGUAGAUGUAUCUCGUAGUCAUCAUCUCUUCGGAGGAAGCAGGCUUGUGGUUGCUUAAAAAGAGAUGGUGGAAACUAUGACAAAAAUGUACGUAGCGUUCCCGGGCUGGGGGUUGCCAACCUGCCGAACGCGCUGCUUUUGAACUCCAGGGCUGGAGCGGGCCACGCCUCCGACUCGGACCCGCCCCAACUAGGCCCCGCCCCCAGAUCCAGCAUGGGUGGGCGGAGCCUUAGCGCCCGGUCCGCCCGCCACGCUGUUCCUGGGCUGCAGGAGUCCAGCCAAUCAGGAAGUAAGGCUCCCGUCCUGCCGGCCAAUCGCGGGAGGGCAGGAGAUUGACCAGCUAGUUGCUGGCUUCUGGGAUAUGGAGUCGCCGGCGUGGCGUGUCAGGUGGUGGCCGAGCAGGUGCACAGUGCUCACUACCAUCACUCGCGUACACACAAGGUCUUUACACUCCCAGUGUGUCUGUGGAGCUGACUGGUGUCUUGGGAAAGGAUCCAGGAGAGGCGUGGCUGUGCCCUUUACCCGAGGCACUCCUUAUGGCAUCUGGUGCUUCCUUACAGGUUGCUUAAUCCUAUUCUAAGAACACAGACACUCUGGUAUCUACCAUGGUGUUGGAUCCUGAAGAAAAGAUGCCAGAUGAUGGCGCUUCUGGAGACCAUGGAGACUCUGCCAGCCUCAGCGCCAUCAAUCCUGCCUAUAGUAUCUCCUCCCUCCCUCAGUCCACUGGGGACUCUGAGGAGCCCUUCACUACCUACUUUGACGAGAAGAUCCCCAUUCCUGAAGAGGAGUACUCCUGCUUUAGCUUUCGUAAACUCUGGGCGUUCACGGGGCCUGGCUUUCUUAUGAGCAUUGCCUACCUGGAUCCAGGAAACAUCGAAUCUGAUUUGCAGUCUGGGGCAGUGGCUGGAUUUAAGUUGCUCUGGGUGCUUCUGUUGGCUACCAUUGUGGGACUGCUGCUCCAGCGCCUUGCAGCUAGACUUGGAGUGGUUACCGGCUUGCAUCUUGCUGAAGUGUGUCACCGUCAGUAUCCCAAGGUCCCAAGGGUCAUCCUGUGGCUGAUGGUGGAGUUGGCGAUCAUUGGUUCUGAUAUGCAGGAGGUCAUUGGCUCAGCCAUCGCCAUCAAUCUCCUGUCGGCAGGAAGGGUCCCCCUGUGGGGUGGAGUUCUCAUCACCAUCGCAGACACUUUUGUCUUUCUCUUUUUGGACAAAUAUGGGUUGCGGAAGCUGGAAGCAUUUUUUGGCUUUCUCAUCACUAUUAUGGCCCUCACAUUUGGAUAUGAGUAUAUUACAGUGAAGCCCAGCCAGAGCCAAGUGCUCAGGGGCAUGUUCGUGCCGUCCUGUUCAGGCUGCAGCACUCCUCAGAUUGAGCAGGCUGUGGGCAUCGUGGGAGCUGUCAUCAUGCCACACAACAUGUACCUGCAUUCCGCCUUAGUCAAGUCCAGACAGGUAAACCGGGCCAAUAAGCAGGAAGUCCGGGAAGCCAACAAGUACUUUUUCAUUGAGUCCUGCAUCGCGCUCUUUGUUUCCUUCAUCAUCAAUGUCUUUGUCGUCUCGGUCUUUGCUGAAGCAUUUUUUGGGAAAACCAACAUGCAGGUGGUUGACGUCUGUAGGAAUAGCAGCAGCCCCCACACUGGCCUCUUUCCUAAUGACAACUCCACUCUGGCUGUGGACAUCUAUAAAGGGGGUGUUGUGCUUGGAUGUUAUUUUGGGCCUGCGGCACUCUACAUCUGGGCAGUGGGGAUCCUGGCUGCAGGACAGAGCUCCACCAUGACAGGAACCUAUUCCGGCCAGUUUGUUAUGGAGGGAUUCCUGAACCUAAGAUGGUCACGUUUUGCCCGAGUGAUUCUGACACGCUCUAUUGCCAUCAUCCCCACCCUCCUUGUUGCUGUCUUCCAAGAUGUAGAGCAUCUAACAGGGAUGAAUGACUUCCUGAAUGUUCUGCAGAGCUUACAGCUUCCCUUCGCUCUCAUACCCAUCCUCACCUUUACCAGCCUGCGGCCUGUGAUGAAUGAGUUCUCCAAUGGCAUAGGCUGGAGGAUCGCUGGUGGAAUUUUGGUCCUUAUUGUCUGCUCCAUCAACAUGUACUUUGUAGUGGUUUAUGUCCAGGACCUAGGGCACUUGGCACUGUAUGUGGUGGCUGCGGUGAUCAGCGUGGCUUACCUGAGCUUUGUGUUCUACCUGGGUUGGCAAUGUUUGAUUGCCUUGGGCCUGUCUUUCCUGGACUGUGGUCACACGUGUCACCUGGGAUUGACAGCUCAGCCUGAACUCUACCUGCUGAACACCGUGGAUGCUGACUUACUUGUGUCCAGAUGACAAACAGCCCGAGAGACUUUAAGAACGCUGCUUUUUCCCAGCCCUUUUGUACCAAGUGUUAGCAAAUCUCUGUUAGUUCAGAGGUGAGUUUGUUCAGAUGUUUUGAACAAAGGCAGAGAUUUCCUCGUGAGAUCCAGGGUAAAGGCCAAGAGCUGUGCCUGGGUCCAAGCCCCGCUGGCCUCCAGCAGUCAGACAAUAGGGAGUGGUAAGCAGUGGGCCUGGGCAGCCGUGCUCCCCACAGGCUCGUGCCUGCACUUCUGGGAAUUAAAAAUGUAUGAACAUGUAUUUAUGUAAACCCAAACAUGCCAGUUUGGGUAAGAUUUUAAGGUUAUAAAAACUAAUAGAUUUUUUUUUAAAUGUUAAGGUAAAUUAGGUAUUUGUUUUUAUCUGGAUCAUAAGUAAGAAAGGGAAUGAGUCUUUUUCCACUGGACUUUCUACAUGAAUGAUCUUUUAAAGUGCUGUUUUACUGCG